AUGGUGGUUGAGGUGAAGUCUUGGAACUUUGAUGAUGAAGCUCGCCGGAUUACAGAGCUUGUACCUAACAACUUCAGCACCAUCAUGUGUGAUGUGACUCUGCCAGGGCUGAGUUCCCCCUCGCUGUUAACUUCAGAUGCUCGCCGGGAGUAUGAAUUGGUGAAGGGGGCCCUGACACAGAGGGUUGAGGAUAUUGGAGAAGUUAUUCUCGGAUUCGCAAAUGCCGAAGGCUUGCUGGGGUGGGGAUGCCUCUGGAAGUUCAGUUUUGACCUGGGUGAUGCAUUUUCUGAAGAUGGAAUGCCGACGCUGAAACAACAAUGUGCGCCAGCAAGCAAGUUCUGGGCUCUGAUGGCGGCAUGCGGUGCCUUGCAUCACCCAGGCACGAUGUGGCUGUCCUGCCACGGGGGAUACGGAUUUGCUUGGAUGAUCAAUUUUUUCCUGUCACCACUCCCCCUCCCAAAGAAGCUGGAUGACUACGUGCAGAUGCGGGCAGCUCUUUGGCCGUCGCUCUACGACGUUGCCCUCAUCGCUCACUGGUGCGCCGACGUCCAGUUCCGGGCUCCGGGCUGCAAGGGCAAACUCCUCGAUCUUGCUCGUUCUCUCACGGUACCGGUUGCAGAAGACUUGACAAGUUCAUCCAUUGAUGGAGUGGAUAGAGCCCUGCUUCUUCUCAAGUGCUUCCGCAAGGUAUCAGCCCUCCCAGAGUUCAGCUGCGUGCAGUGGCCAACGAUUGGCAUGUACAAUACUGUUCCAGACAUUCUGUUUGAUCGUCAGUAG